AUGAUCCCAGGCAGGAGUAACCCGUUAUUCCCAACAGCAAGUGUCAACGAAAUACAGGAAGUGAAUCAGUACGUAGGUUCUCAGGGUCCUUCGGGACGUUUCAAAACUUUAAAUCCAAUUAAUUCGAAUAGAGUGCAACCUCGCGAAGGUUGGAGAUUUAACCAAGAUAGAACUAAUGAUCGGAACUUUCAGAAUCGACAAAUCAAUCAACGAAGCUGGUCUAGGCCAAAUCAAAGAAUGAACAACUGGAACCGCAAUCCCUCUAAUGAUCGGCGAUGGAACAACAGACCUGUGUGCAAUUAUUGCUCCCGCGUAGGCCACUUUGCCAGCAACUGUCGCGAGAGACUGGAACGAUUUAACUUCAGACAGUAUGAAGGUCAAGGAACAAGUCAAUCUCAAAGCAGGUCAGGUCAAAUUCAAAAUGAUUCUAUGCUAUCAGAAAUUUUAAAUGCGAUCAGAAAGAUGAAGGUGGGUGAAAAUUCAAAUAUUCCUUCAGUUCAAAAUCUAGAGGUAGUCCAAAAAUCUAAAAAGGUUAAAGAAAGUCCUAGAAAUGAAAAAGAGUCAAAACAAAGUGCAAUCUCGUCUUGGGAAGGCAGAAGGAGCUUAGGUCCAAAAUUAUUACCACUUACAAUUCUAAUGCUUGUAGCAAUGUUCUCUCCUGCUUUAGGGUUUGAAAAUUUACCGAAACCACAAUGGCCAAUGAUUUGCCAAAUGGAGAAACAAGGUAUUUUAUGGUCCCUACCUGAACUAUCUGAAUGUCCCAAGCUCACACCAAACAUUUCGCACGCGCCUAUUUCGCAAACAAGAACUGUUUAUAUGCUUAAUGACUUAGAAUAUGCGACAGACGCGUGGGCUUGUAGAAAAAUACGCAAGAUAGUUAAAAAAUAUACUUCUAUUACUAAUGUCCCAAUAACUGAGCCAGUAUCUUCAGAAAUGUUAGAGGUGUCAAGAGAAGAGUGUAAUAAGAUGAUUAAUGAAAAGAAGUGUAGUUUAGGGUCACUCAAGGAAGAAAAUGAAGUCUUUACGACUGGAAAUAAAAUUGAUAUCAGUCCUAAAAUGUGGUUUGUAGGAUCGUUUACGUGGACUCAGGUCCAAUCUGAAAAUUGUAUUUUAUUUGAAACGCAAGUGUACUCUCACUGGGGCGAAAAGACUAUAAGGACACCCUUAGGGGGCACCCAUAAUUGUUCUUAUGAUAAAGGUCAUUGUUUAUUGGAAGACAAAACGUUUCUUGAAUGGACCAUAAAUGAAAAGAGUUUUUGCCGCUAUGUCCCAAUAGGUCGUUGGACAGGGAAAUUUUUAGACAACACCUGGUUAUCUGACGACGCCCAAAUAGCCUUACAUUUUGGAAAGCCCAUAGCAAAAAGACAAGAUUGUGGCAAAGAUUUAGAAAUUUCUGAGCAAGGUUUCGCUACCGAAACGCAUCUUGAACGCGCAAAGCGUAGCAAAAAUGUAGAAAGCCUCGGCUUAGCAACAGCACCUGAACUAGCAGCUAGACUUACAUUUCUUGACAAAGAAUGGGCAGAAACUAUGACUUUUGCGUUUGCUCACUCUUUAAAAGCAGUCUGCGAUCAUAUGGAAACAGUAAAGAAACCAGCAGUAGCAGCGUACCUAUCAAACCCUACAGGCCUAGCAAGAAUGGUCUUCAAUAAUGAAUAUUUAGUAGCAAAACGAGAAGGGGUCUCCUUACUUAGUGUCUGGCCUUGUAUAAAAUUAAAAGAAAAUGAGUUUAGUUUUGUUAACACGAAAAUGGAUGAAUGUUUUGAUUUAGUCCCGAUUCAGGUCAAAACAGGUUCAAAGGAUAUUAUGGCAUUUCUUGACCCAAAUACAAUGAUUAUUCAACCAACUGCUAGGAAAGCCCCUUGUUCCCAGUUUAGAAAAAUAAUAGUUGAAGUGAAUAAUAAUGCUUUAGAAAUAAACCAGCAGACUGGAGAAAUAGAAACUGUAAAGCCCAGAGGCAUAAGGAAAAAUGAAGUAAGAUAUUUUCAGGUUCCAAAUCUCAAAUCCCAUUCCUUUCAUGAACUAGUACUUGUUAAUUUAACUGACAUAAAUACUCACACAUUUAUGACAAAUAUGGCUAAAGUAAGCGAAUUAACUUACACACUUAGUGAAAAAGACACAGUCAUUACUAAAACAUUAUCGGACCAGUGGAAAGAAGCGGGGGAUAAAAUUACAAAAGAAGUUUUUGGAGAUUAUAUGGGAAUUUGGAAAAUUGUCAUAACAUGUCUAGUUGUAGUCUUAAUAAUUGAUUUAGUGAUAAGAUUGGCCUUAAUUGUGUCAAAAAGCUAUAUAGGUAGUUUAAUAGAAAUAGCACAGCCAUUUAAAGGGAGAAUGACAAGGCAAGAAAGUGUAGUAAGGACACCUAAGAAAGUAAAAUCGGUACCACUAAAAAGAAUGUCCAUGAUAAAACAAAGGAAAAGGAGUGUACGUAAGCAAAGCAACUGGAUUCCUCAAGUAUCACAAAUACCUCCAAUAGAAAUAGAUGUUCUAUCCACCUCAAGUGAAAAUGCGGCCUCGGCCAAAAAUAAAUUAAAUAUUAACGCUACCUCUCCCAAUACAGCAAUUACUAGGGUAUCAGUCAAUAGUAAACCUGUGAAUUGUCUUAUCGACACUGGUGCAAGUAUAUCCAUAGCUCCUAUCUCGCUUGCAAGAGAAUUAAAUAUAGGACUUACCCCUACUUGUUUAGCAAUCACUUCAGCCUCGGGUCAUGAAAUUUUAGUCAAGGCACAAAUGAAAUGUUGUUUAGAAAAGAUAAACAAUUAAAC